AUGAGCCAACCAUAUUUGAGUUGGGGAUCAGAUGUUCCUGAAUGUGAUGCACCUAUUGUAGCUCCGCGAGUAUGUAAGGACCUUGAUGAGUUAAACUCUGUUGUGCAGCAGUUGAGGAAUGAGGUUGCAAUAUUGCACCGUGAGAAGGGUCAGCUAGAGGAGAGAGUUUUACGCUUGGAAAAGUGUACCAGUCAUGCAGACGCGAGGAAGAAUGGGGAUGCUGGAGAGAGAUGA